GGUGUUGUUGAAUUUGAAACUCAGGCGUGGCCAGGACAGCCAGCGGCGCCUUUCCUCGGUUUGCUCACCACGUCGCACUGGCACUCGAAUUUUGCCCUACAUCUGACAGGCUGCCACUGAGUGACAGAGCCUCGCUGUAUCUUUCUUUCAUCUAACCGAAAAACGACAUGAGCACCAGUUCAUCAUCGACCUCAAUGAACGGGCAUGGCCACCCGAAUGGGAUAACCUAUGGCCAGUCUGCGCCAUCGUCAGACUCGUUCGACGACUCGAACCACUCAGCCACAGGAUCUGCAUAUCCAGCGAAUGGGUAUUCCCACUCGUACCAAAAUCACAAUGAAGAUAUCGUCAAUCAUCUUUACCAUGCUGGUUUCCAGACGGGAAACUAUGCCGACACCAUCCUCCAAGUACAACAAAAUAGUUAUCGUUUACAUGCUAUUAUAUUGUCGCGGUCACCAUUUUUGGCUCACUUGAUGUCAACAUCACCCCAAGGUGGGGGUCAAAGGGUAAUAUUUGUACCUCUCGAACAGGAACCAGAGGUUACCCAAGAGGGCUUUGCAAUAGGUAUGACAUCUAAACAACAUUCGCCGCUAUCAUCCCUGAUCGCCCAUUUCUUAGCUCUGGGCUAUCUCUACUCUUCUGUUUCGCUAAGUUUGAUUAGGCCAGAAAAUGCGCGGGCCGUCCUAGCCGCAGGUUGUCUCCUGGGCGGUAUGGACGACCUUUGCCAGUUUGCAUAUGAGACAUGCAGACGAUCUAUAAACGUCCAUACCAUUGGGUCGUGGCUCGAAUUUGUUGAUACACUUCCUCCGUCUUCACCCGACGGAUCAUCAACGCCUGAUAUUCCACCAGUCACCGUGUUUGGUCACUUUGCCCAACGAAUCCGAGAUGAUGUCUUCCACUUCUUGGUUGUUACACUUCCCGAAGUUCUAGAGGUACAAACGACUCCAGACUCCGUACCGUCUACUCCAUCAGGCUCUGGACCCAGUGGACGUGAGGUGUUGUUACAGAUAUUUUCUCGCGUCCCCUUCGAGAUGUUCAAGGCAGCCGUUGAAUCACCUACUUUCAAUAUCGGGUCCGACCAAGCCCGUUUCAAAUUUGCAAAGGAGGCUAUUGAAAUGAGGAAACGGGGGAUCGCGCGCGGUCCUGGAACUGAGGAAACCGUGGUUCUUGCUUUCGGCGGAGGCAACUUUGGGGGGAGCGCUGUUCAUGUGACCAGGAAAUUGAAGAAGCGGCCAUUAUGGAAAGUGAAUUCCUAGAUUUUCUGUUUUCCUCGAUAAUGUUUAUAGUCACAUAUCGGCGAGAAUUUACUCUCUUGUGAGUAGCAGCUUGCCGGCUGCAGUUUUUCCUGAUUUUCUCUCGCAGGCUUUAGAACUCUCAUCAACGAUCAGGACUGUCAAUGACGUCUAUAACUAUGAUUGGAACACUGAGUCUUUUAGAGGUCUGGACGAUCCUAGGCAAAACUAGACGACGGGUCGGUGACGCAUUGCCAACUUCUUUUCAACAUGCGCCUCGGGGCUGGAACAUAAGGCUCCAGUGGCUCUGACACCGAGGCUAAGAGACCUAUGGUUACCA